GUCUACAACCCCAACCAGAGCCAGAACACGAGAAGACAACUACAAGGAUCAACACUGAAAACAAAAUCCUCAGACAAUCUUCUGUUUUUCUUAAACUCUUAGUGUUUAUUUUUUGUUCGGUUUUGCCGUGGUCGACAGUAGGUCUCACCAUGAGAUGCUUUGCUUUAGUCGUGUGUUUGAUUUUGGGAGUAAGCGUGCAGAACGGAUGGAGUCUGCCCGUCAAGUCGGUCUUUGUCACCUUCCCAGGAGACAUCAUCAGAAACAUGACUGAUAUGGAGCUUGCCGAGAAUUAUCUCAAGAGGUUUGGCUACAUGGACACCCUGCAGCGGAGCGGCUUCCAGUCCAUAGUGUCCACAGAAAAAGCCCUGAAGAGACUGCAGAGGCAGUUAGGUCUGGAGGAGACCGGAGAGCUGAACAAAGAAACGCUGGAGGCCAUGAAUCAACCUCGCUGUGGUGUUCCAGAUGUGGCCAACUAUCAGACCUUUGACGGGGACCUUAAGUGGGACCAUAGUGAUGUUACUUACAGGAUCCUGAACUAUUCUCCAGACAUGGACAGCUCUUUGAUUGAUGAUGCCUUUGCUCGAGCCUUCAAGGUGUGGAGCGACGUGACCCCUCUCUCCUUUACCCGUCUCUUUGAAGGCACAGCUGACAUAAUGAUCUCUUUUGGGAAAACCGACCAUGGAGAUCCAUACCCAUUUGAUGGUAAGGACGGCCUUCUAGCUCACGCCUAUCCUCCCGGUGAGGGUGUGCAGGGAGAUGCCCACUUUGAUGAUGAUGAGUUCUGGACCUUGGGGAAAGGCCCAGCUGUGAAGACUCGCUACGGGAAUGCCAACGGUGCCAUGUGUCACUUCCCUUUCACUUUUGAAGGCAAGUCUUACACCUCCUGCACCACCGAAGGGCGUACAGACAACCUGCCAUGGUGUGCAACCACAGCUAGCUACGAUGCAGACAAGGAAUAUGGCUUCUGCCCAAGUGAACUUCUUUACACAUUUGGAGGAAAUGCAGAUGGAGCUCCGUGUGUCUUCCCCUUCAUCUUUCUGGACAAGGAGUACAGCAGCUGUACCACAGAGGGCCGCAACGAUGGCAACCGCUGGUGUGCCACCACAAACAAUUAUGACAAGGACAAGAAAUAUGGAUUCUGCCCCAGUCGUGACACGGCUGUAAUUGGAGGAAAUUCUGAGGGAGAGCCCUGCCACUUUCCCUUUGUGUUUUUGGGAAAAGAGUAUAACUCAUGUACUAGCGAGGGGAGAGGAGAUGGCAAGCUGUGGUGCAGCACCACUGAGGACUACGAUGAAGACAAGAAAUGGGGCUUCUGUCCCGACCAGGGUUAUAGUCUGUUCCUGGUGGCAGCCCAUGAGUUCGGACAUGCACUUGGCUUGGAUCACUCCUCCGUCAGAGAUGCUCUCAUGUACCCCAUGUACUCCUACAAAGAGAACUUUCCUCUCCAUCAGGAUGACAUUGAAGGCAUUCAGUAUCUCUAUGGAAGUAAACCAGGCCCCAAACCAACAGUACCUGAGCCCAACACCCCCACCACCACCUCUUACCCAGAAACCACUGAUGACCCUUUCUCUACCACCCCAUCUACAAAGCUUCCAGACAACGAUGCCUGUAAGGUGCUCAAAUUUGACACCAUUACUGUGAUUGAAGGAGAUCUUCAUUUCUUUAAAAAUGGACAAUACUGGAAGGUACCCAGCAGGGGUGAUGCUAGACACAAGGGACCCCUGUCUAUUUCUGAGAGUUGGCCCGCUCUACCAGCUGUCAUCGAUUCUGCCUUUGAGGACGUUCUGACCAAGAAAAUUUACUUCUUCUCCGGAACCAGAUUCUGGGUCUACACAGGAAAGAGCGUCCUGGGUCCACGCAGCAUUGAGAAACUGGGUCUGCCCAACAGCGUUCAGAAGGUUGAAGGAGCGCUGCAGAAAGGGACGAGCAAAGUUCUGCUUUUCAGCGGAGAGGACUUCUGGAGGUUGGAUGUCAAGACUCAGAAGAUUGAUAGAGGCUACCCCAAACCCACUGAAGUUGUCUUUGGUGGCGUCCCUAAUGACGCUCACGACGUAUUCCAGUACAAAGGUCACACUUACUUCUGCAGAGAUCGCUUCUACUGGCGAAUGAACUCCCGCCGGCAGGUGGACCGUGUUGGAUACGUGAAUUAUGACCUGCUGAAAUGUGCUGAAGCCUCGGGCUUCCACUAUUAAGAAAUUGGCACAGACGAGCUGGAAGUUGUCUGUGACUAAACGUCACUUUUUCUCUCCGUGUUGGGAGAAAGUGAUGCAACGUUUGCCUGUGCGCCUGUUUUAAGAUGUGUCUGCUUUUUGGAAUGUGAAUAAUUGGCCUUUAUUGAAGUUGGCCGAUUAGGACACAUGCAGUAGUAUUGGCCUUAAUGUAAGUCAAAGGGCCAGAACAAGAAAGUAAAUGUGCCCUCUUUGGCACUGACAGCAGAGGUGGCAGAAAUUUAAGACCCCUAAAUAUUACUUAAGCACGUGCAAUUUGGCUUACACUCCAGAUUUGCUGAUUAAAUUCUAUGUCUGGCAGGUUCAGAUUCAUAACAGUAUUGGAACAUCUGUAUUUAUAACAAUAUGUAAUGUUAAUAUUAUUUUUUGUGUCUUGGGCUUAUUUUUUGUGUGAUUUAUGGAUUAAAAUCCAAAUACUUGCACUGGAAGACAUCUGAUGUCUCCUUCUCUAAUUAUUUAUGAAGCUUAAACUUUUGUAUUAAAGUUGGAACUUUCAAUGCAAUAAACAUUCUGUGAGAACAAUCUA